CAUUUGACAUUUUCGAAAGUAGUAGGUAGACUAUAGAAUUAAAUAACCCACUAUUAUAAGCCUAUUCAAGUCUAUAGGUUAAAUUAGUUUUAAUAAGCUUACAAAAAUGAUAGCGCGACCCUGGACAGACGAUUUGCCAAAAUGCCGCAACACCUGCGUCGCGUCCUAUAUCUCACAAGUGGAUGGAAAUCCUAGCUCCAAUGACGAUUAUUUUUGUUUUUAUUGCCACACAGAAGAUAAUUCCUGUCUGUAUGGAGUAUUCGAGCCUCACAAUGGGUUGGACGCAGCGAGAUUUAUCAUGCAGAGGAUGGCAGCUGAGAUUUUGUUUGCUCCACCCUCUAAUAGCAACACUGAUGAGGAAAUCAGAGAAAAAUUAAGAAAUGCAUUUGUGUCAGUGGAGAAGGCGUACAUAGAGAACUAUGAUGGAAUGAUAGCUGAACGGACCAGCUUGCAAUACAAACUUCAGAUAAUAAAGGGACACACACAUGCGACACAGAUGUCAGACACAAUACUUUACCGUUUAAAAGAAAUUGACCAACACCUUUCCGGAGGUGCCACCGUUGUCAUCGCCCUCAUUCACAACAAUAAGUUAUACGUAGCCAACGUUGGUGAGACCCGGGCCUUAUUAUGUCGCACUGACGAUAAUUCAGUGUUGAGGGUUGUUCAACUGACAGUGGAUCAUAGCUUAAACAAUGAGGAUGAACUCUUGAGGUUGUCGCAAUUAGGCCUGGAUGUGAAUAAGUUAAGGAAUGCACAAUACCUAGGUAACCAAACAGGUACUAGGUGCCUUGGUAACUACCUAGUGAAGGGUUUAUACAAAGCGUUCCCGUCAAUAAGUGGAGCAUCUUCAGAGCCAGUAGUCGCUGCCCCGGAGAUACAUGGGCCGAUUGCUUUAGAUGAAUCUUGCAGAUUUCUAGUUCUAGUCAGCGCCGGUGUCUACAAACGCAUACAAGAAGUGAGAGGCAACAGCGAACAAACAAACAAACAGCUAUCACAAAUCAUAGUAGAAAACUUCCGUAAACAAAACGACUUCAAGAAAGUCAGCCAAUCCGUUCUAGAAGAAAUAGAAAACGAAUUCCUAUCAUAUUGUCUAAAAAACAGCUUAACACCAAAACCAAAUACCCAUGUUACAUUAUUAAUACGUAAUUUUAAUUUCUUACCCCCCAUCCCCCAAAAUGAAAACACAAACACAGUAUAUAAACAAAAUAACCAGUCGGUCAGAAAUAGCGAGCCUGUCAGAAAUAACCAACCCGUCAGAAACAAUCAGUCUGUCAGAUUUAAUCCAAUCGUUCAAUCUAAGUCGAAUACGCUUGUAAAUGAAAUGGAUUCGGAACCGUAUUCGUCCGGAUCGAAUGAUUUAGAACGAACGAAUGAUUCCCAUGUUGAUACGAAUCGAUCGAUUGAAUCGUCAUCGGAUAUAUAUCCGAGUCGUCCGUACGAUAGGGACAGGCGGAUAAAGGGUUACGUUGAUUUUUCGUGUUAUUAUGAUAAUGUUGAAAAGGCGAGGAAAAAUGGUACUCUGCCUAGUUUUAUUAAAUAAGUAGUAGACUUUUUGAAGUAAAACUUCCUUACGCAUGC